CCUGUCACUUUUGUCACUGUCACUAAGGCAACGGUUAAGUUGACGUUUUGCUUCGUUUUCCUUGUAGAAUUUUUUUUCAUUGAAUAAAUCAAAAUGUCGAACGAAGUAGAAGAAACUAUGAAACGAAUUCAAUCACACAAGGGGGUAGUAGGAACAAUAGUUGUGAAUUCUGAAGGAAUUCCAAUUAAAACAACUUUAGAUAAUACGACCACAGUUCAAUAUGCAGGUUUGAUAAGUUCUCUGUCUGACAAAGCGAGGAGUGUUGUAAGAGAUCUGGAUCCUUCUAAUGAUCUAACAUUUCUGAGGAUAAGGUCUAAGAAGCAUGAAAUUAUGGUGGCACCAGAUAAGGAAUUUAUUUUAAUAGUAGUGCAAAAUCCUACAGAUUGAGGGAUUAGUUUCUUCCAGAUUCAUAAAUGUUUAGUAGUUAAAAUGAUAUACUUACUCCUUUGUGAACUUUUUGUUAAUUUAUUGUAGUGAAGUAUUUAUUAAAUAUUUUAGUAUAUUU